AUGUCUUCCUCUCAGUCUCGCGUUCGCGCUGCCGACGUCGCGUCGGUUAGCGGCAAGGCACCUUCAUGUAGCUCAUGCCGGCUCGUGCCUAAGGAAGGUGAACACUACCUCGUCUGCAAGCGCUGCAAGCGCGCGGCGUAUUGCAGCCAGGCCUGUCAACAAGAUGACUGGGAGUCGCAUAGUCUGCCCUGUUCGGACGUCGCGUACAACACGGAACGCGUGCGCACCAUACGCGUAGCGUCACAAUCGACGACUACUGCAGAUGCAUCACCGGCCGAAUCGCGACUCCAUCUCCUGGAGCACUUCGCCGACGCUCACAAAAGGAUAGUGCAACAGAUCCUGCCGGUCGCUACGCAUCAUCGGGAAGGAUGCGGGACGUUCGACUACUCCGGCGAGUAUGUUGUGAUCAAGCUCUCAUAUCGGGACGAUUGCGGCGGCGACCCAAGUCGUUCGUAUCGCGUCCACUCUGCCGAGUUCCGCCCCCAGUCCGUCACCUGCGAGAGGUACCCGCAUCUACGAGGACGCAUCGAGCAAUGGUACGGCUUGAAGGCGGGCGAGUACCAGGCCAGGAAAUGCUUCCUCGGCUUCGUGCACAUCCUCUGGGUGACCGACGGCGACGACUUCAUGGUGUGGCAAGCGCUGCCCGACUACGAAGUGUCGCCUCUGCAAGCCAGUGCCAUGCGCCAAGCCGACGGUAGUGACUGGCUGGCACCGCUGCGGUGGGCGGCGGAGAAUGGCUUCGUGUACAGACAUCCACGUCCUGGAUUCCCCUUCCCUCUGAUGGGCUACCUGAAGAAGAAGGGUGUAGGAUGGCAGUGGCAGCCGUUCUCUCACGCUCAACUUGUUGCGAUGGGUAGUGACGGUGUCGCGCUCCUGUAG